UCGGGCGCAAUGUACCUCAAAGUGUCUCUGCAUACAUGCCCUAUCGUUGCCAAGCAUCCGAAACAGAGUGCUGAUGGUCAGUGUUGCCGUCGGUGACGUAGUAAGCCUAGGGCUUACAGCUGACUAUCAUUCCCCGGCAAGUCAACUCUUAUCGCGUUUUCACUGAGCACAAUCUAUGAGCUCUCAAGAAAAAUUGAUGAGCACGACACACGAUGCGCUCAUUGCGCCUGCCUGUGGCAAUCAAUAAUUCGUCGGACUUGCAUAUCCUGCCUUUUUGGUUCAAAUAGGUGUGGAUGUGGACUCUGUGGUGCGUCCACAGUAGCCCAACCUAUAUAAUGCACCCCAGACAGUUGACCACCUCAUACUUCACUUUGCAAUUUUCCGUCACUAACGAUCAGAUGGUGUCGCUUAAGCACUCUAAAUCAGUGCCAUACGGACUUUGCUCAGAUGGGAGGACGCGCGAGCCUCGUGCCGAUCCUACCAAAGCCGUAUACCGUGGCAAGACACCCCUCAAACCGUCCGACAUCAUUUACGUCGAGCAAACUCCAGGGGUGCUGGACAUGUUCCACACACAAAUGUCGCAAGACGUCUCGUUCCAUCCGCCCGCUCGCGCCCACUUUGGCACUCGCGCGGACUUACAGGACAAGUUUCCCGACUUCCCUCAGCCACCUGUGCCCAUUCGUAGCGCUUCAAGGACCACUUCACUGAAUUCAAAGCUUCGGCCUCAACUUCCUAUCCAGAAUUCCGCUACGGGUGGUCAACAUAUCACAGGCAGGGAACGACCCAUUCAGUGGUCCCCUUCAGUAGGUUGCGUUUCUCAUGCUACGCCCACUGCCCACUCAUCCAUUCCCCAAAAACAGCAGAGGCGUGAGGCCACUGUCGGUCAAGCUUUGGCAGAUGUACUUAAGACCGCCGAUGGCCAUACUCCCGCGGAACGUGUUCGCGCCAAGUCGAGCACUGCUCGCUCAUACACUCCCACUCCCGCCCCCCCUGUUCCUACCACCCACUCCCCGCGCCCAAUCAUCUUGCGCUCUACGCCCAGCUCACGCCCACAUCUACAUCAUUCUCACAGGGACUAUCGUGAUUUUUUGAAGGAGCAGGACCCGGACGUCAUCCGUAAAAUGAUCAAUACUUAUCCUGUGGCGCCUCUUUGCAGCGAACGGACGCCAGCGCAUUUGCGCCCGAUUCGUUUUGACAUGGAUGAUCCGCACCAGAUGAAGCCUUUUGGCUACUUCGUUCGUGUGGCUAUGACUAAUGGUUGUCCCCUCGAUGCACGCGCGGAUGGCUCGUACCGCCGCAUCAUUAAUGCGGUUGAUCCCAACAGACAUCAUUCCGAAGAUUGGCACUGAUUGGUCUCGGCGGGUUGUACUUCUGUGAUUGUGAAGAGUUUAUCAAGAAAGAAUUUGGCGCUGUACUACCUACUUGUGUUUGUCGUGUUAUGGAUACUUAUGGAUACUUAUGGAUACUUGUGGAUACUUAUGGAUAUACUUAUGGAUAUAUGAAUUACAAGGCGGCAGUUGCAGGC